GCCGGGAAGAGGUGAGAGGAGGCACUCAGCUGUGUCGAUACUUCCUGUCUGGAGGGCAGCCCUGCCUGUGUCCCUCUGGCUGAGCACUGAGGGACAAGCCAUGCCCCUGUCGCAACCCUGGGUUCUCAUGUUUGGGGUGCCCUCUCCACAAAGGACAGAGACCUGGCUAUCCUCACACAUACCUGAGAGUGAGGGACGGCCCUUUGUGGACAGACUACAAAUGGCCAAUGAUAUAGGGUCAUCACAGCCCACCCCACCCCGGGGCACGGUUUGCCCUCUUCCUGAGUCCAGUUAUCACACCCUGAGUUGGACUCCCCAAUCCUAAGGCCUGUGUCAGGCAGGAAGGGGACCAGGAUUAGCUAGCUACAGCGUCCAUGUGCACAUGCAUGCAAGCAUGCCUGGGUGCACACAGAAUGCAAACACGUGCCCCUGGGCACCACUGCACACACUGUGCUGUUGCCGUCUCCUUUGGCAUAAGAGCACACACUCACAGACAUCAUCACACGUGUGCACAUACACCCUGCCACGUGCUCACCCACAGGCACAUGGAGUAUGCACGGGACCCAGAAGAGGUGGAGCACUGCCAGCAGCAGGCAGGACUAUAGCGAGCCACUUAUUCCCCUGCCUCGAAAUCCCCCACAUUGGAGCUUCUCCUUGGCCUCACGUCUCCACCAUGAUCUUCAGGAAAGGCAGAAAAUGUGUGUGAUGUGUGGGGUCGGCAAGCCAUGGAUCAGAUGCACCAUACAUCUCAGAGAACUGUUUCAAUGACAGUGGGCAGACAGCGGGAAGAACUAAGUGCUAGGCCAUUCAAUCAUUCAUUCAUUCUGCAGACAUGAACUGAGCACCCGGAGACAGGACACAGGCUCUGGCCUGUGCCCAGCUCACCAGGAGAGUCCUCACCAGUAGUGGAGUCAGUGUGGUAACUGAGACCACCCAGAGCCCAGGGAGCCAAGAGGCUGUGACCAAGCCAGGGAAGGAUGUGAAAGGCUCCUCAUCACCCCCUGAGGAGAAAGAUACUGACAGGUCCUGUUUAAAUAGUCAUGUCCCAGGCUAGACUUCCAGCCCCAGCCCCAGCUUCAACUUCCUGACUUGGACACCUGCAGCCACGGGAAACCAUCCAGGAGAGACUCACUCAUGGCCAAAGCUCAGAGCCCGGCAAUGCCGUUUGGGUGUGUGACUCUGGGCGACAAGAAGAACUAUAACCAGCCAUCGGAGGUGACUGACAGAUAUGAUUUGGGACAGGUCAUCAAGACUGAGGAGUUCUGUGAGAUCUUCCGGGCCAAGGACAAGACGACAGGCAAGCUGCACACCUGCAAGAAGUUCCAGAAGCGGGAUGGCCGCAAGGUGCGGAAGGCAGCAAAGAACGAGAUAGGCAUCCUCAAGAUGGUGAAGCAUCCAAACAUCCUGCAAUUGGUGGAUGUGUUUGUGACUCGCAAGGAGUACUUUAUCUUCCUGGAGCUGGCCACGGGGAGGGAGGUGUUUGACUGGAUCCUGGACCAGGGCUACUACUCGGAGCGAGACACGAGCAACGUGGUGCGGCAGGUCCUGGAGGCGGUGGCCUACCUGCACUCACUCAAGAUCGUGCACAGGAACCUCAAGCUGGAGAACCUGGUUUACUACAACCGACUGAAGAACUCAAAGAUUGUCAUCAGCGACUUUCACCUGGCUAAGCUAGAGAAUGGCCUCAUCAAGGAGCCCUGUGGGACCCCCGAAUACCUGGCCCCAGAGGUGGUAGGCCGGCAGCGGUAUGGACGCCCUGUGGACUGCUGGGCCAUUGGAGUCAUCAUGUACAUCCUGCUUUCAGGGAAUCCACCUUUCUAUGAGGAGGUAGAGGAAGAUGACUAUGAGAACCACGACAAGAAUCUCUUCCGCAAGAUCCUGGCUGGCGAUUAUGAGUUUGACUCUCCAUACUGGGAUGACAUUUCGCAGGCAGCCAAAGACCUGGUCACAAGGCUGAUGGAGGUGGAGCAAGACCAGCGGAUCACUGCAGAAGAGGCCAUCUCCCAUGAGUGGAUUUCUGGCAAUGCUGCUUCUGAUAAGAACAUUAAGGACGGUGUCUGUGCCCAGAUUGAAAAGAACUUUGCCAGAGCUAAAUGGAAGAAAGCUGUCCGAGUGACCACCCUCAUGAAACGGCUCAGGGCCCCAGAGCAGUCCGGCACGGCUGCAGCCCAGUCUGCUCCCGGCACAGACACUGCCACCCCUGGGGCUGCGGGCGGGGCCACGGCUGCAAGUGCAGCUGCCUCAGUCCUUGGGGGCAGUGCUGCCCCAGCCACCGUGGGUGACGCUACAAAGAGCGAGAACGUAGCUCCCACCGACCGUAGUGCCACCCCAGCCACAGAUGGCAGUACCACCCCAGCCACGGAUGGGAGCGUCACUCCAGCCACUGAUGGGAGCAUCACCCCAGCCACCGAUGGGAGUGUCACCCCAGCCACCGACAGAAGUGUGACUCCAGCCACUGAUGGGAGAGCCACACCAGCCGUGGAAGAGAGCACCAUGCCCACCACCCAAAGUAGUGCCACACCGGCUGCCAAGGCUGUUGCCACCCCUGAGCCGGCUUUGGCCCAGCCGGACAGCACAGCCCCAGGGGGCGCAACAGGCCAGGCUCCACCCUCUAGUAAAGGGGAAGAGGCUGCUGGCUGUGCCCAGGAGUCUCGGAGGGUGGAGAGCAGCUGAGGGGGCAGGCUGUGGGGGGCGGGGGAUGGGCAGGAGGGUGGGAGAGUGGAUGAGGGGCUUCUCACUGUACAUAGAGUCACUGGCAUGAUGCCCUCGCUCCCCCCCGCCCCUGCCUCCCAGCAUGGGGCAUGUCUGGGGGCCACAGGAGACCAGUCUCAUCUCCUGUGUGUAUGUGCGUGAGUGGUGGGCAGGCCAGAGGUGGGACCAGCCCUAGCCCCUGCAUGGAUUCCUUGUGGCUUUUUCUGUCUUUUGCUAGCUUCAUCAGUUUCUGUUUCUUGUGGGAUGCUGCUCUAGGGAUACUCAGGAGGUCCCUGCUCCCCUGCCCCCCUUCCCUCUCUGCCUCACAGUUCCCCCCCCCACCCAGGCAGGCCCUGAAGGUCCCAUCCUCUCCCAGGCCCUAAAUUGGGUGGCCUUGCCCUGAGAGCUGGUCCUCCAGCGAGGCCCUGUCAGCGGUCUUAGGCUCCUGCACAUGAAGGUAUGUGCCUGUGGUGUGUGGGCUGCUCUAGGAGUGGAAACAGGCUGGUAUAGAGAAUGCUGUAAUCUCAGGCAGUUUGCUUUAAGUCAAGACUGGUAACAUGGCUGGGGGCACUGCUUGGUAGCCAUGGGGGUCCUCAGAAGUGAAAAAGAAUGAGCUGGAGGGUAGAAGCUCCCAUCUCUGUCCCUGGGAUGUCUCUCCUAAGACCCUUGAGCUGUUUCCUGCCCUCCUGGGUCCUGCAGUGGGUUGCCCUGUGCCCUGAGCUUCAGGAGCUUGCAAGGGGAAGGAGGAGCAAUUAGGAGGUGGCGAUGAGAUCUGGGAGGGUGGAGUGCAGACCCAGGACCUAGCGUACCAGCCUAGCUGGGUCCUUACCCUGGGCUGAACAAGGACAGCUGCCACUGGCUCUUCCCAGAUGGGCUCCCUUAGGCUCAGUCCACAGUCCUCUCCAUCCCAGGCAGGGGGCCUGCUGCCUGGCAGUGUCCUGUAGUCUGAUUUGGGGGUUUGCCCUUCACAGGGCCAGAUUUUCUGCUCUCUCAAUUCAACAGUGAAAUAGACAGGAACACUCUCUAUGUCUAUGACCCACUUCCCCUUCUAUCAAGGUUUAGAGAGAGGCCCAGGUGUCUCUGGGCCACGCUGAGUUGCUUUUGCUGGAAUGAGGGAGUGAAUAAAGCUCCCCAGUUUCCUAAUGGAGGCUCCUGGCAGGUGCCCUUUGUCAGACCCUACUAGAGCCUGGGCAGGCAGCCACACUGGUCCCAGCCCUCGCUUGGCACUCGGGGGUAGUCCUGCCCUUCUCCCUGCAUGCCUGUGGGUCUGCUCUGGUGUAUGAAGGUCGGUGGGCUGUGUACCUGCUGAACCUGGCAAAUAAAUGUCACUCUGCCAAAGCCUCUGGCCACCCUCU